GAAAAGGAUAAAACUGCAAAUUUUUUAUAGUGCUCGCGUUAGUUAUUAAACAAAUUCACAAAGAAUUUUUAUCCACUCAAUAACGAGAAUAGCCAGUGUGUUGCCGAUUCGAGCAGAGUUAGAGAGCGCAGUAGUCCGUGCGUUACAGCCAAAAUGCGGCCACCGAAAAUGUUUGGUCUGCCAUUAGGGUUGCUACUAUUGACGCUCGUAAGUGCCACUAGUGCGCAGGGCACAUUCGAAGAUGCGGAGACCUCUAAUGAUUACAUGAGUGCCAUCACACACCAGCAGUUUGAUCUACGUCACACAAUACCCGGCGAACCUGAAGUCGAUUAUCCCAUUUACAGUGAGGUGCCAAAAACGAGCUUUGAAUGUACUGGAAAACACGAGGGUUAUUACGCUGACAUGGAGACGCGAUGUCAGGCCUUCCGCAUAUGUGCCCACACUGCACGCGGCACACAAGGCUUCGGCUUCCUCUGUCCCAAUGGCACACUAUUCAGUCAGAAGAAUUUCGUUUGUGAUUGGUAUCGCAAUGUGAACUGCGCCGAAUCGGAACAAUAUUAUUACAAAAACAGUGCGAAUCGCAUAGGCAGCAGUUCGGAUAUGAUGGAAAGAGUACGCCAAAUGAUGGAAUAUCCAAUGAAAACGAUAUCAGCCGCAUUGCAAAAUAAACAAACAUCGCAUCAUACACUCAAAAAACAAUUGGAGCUCUCUGAGAGCGGAGUGGCUGCCAAUGAGAGCGCCGAUGUUGUGGAGCCGCAAUCCAGUCGCGACAGCAGUCAACGCGCUUAUUUGAACCGCAAGUCGGCCGUAACGCGUGCCCAAGUGGAAUCUGUAUCGAAGACUAACGUCGCUACCCAGCAAACACAAGUCGAGGAUACAGUCACACAGCAACGUAAAAGACUGCAGCAACAGAGACAACAACAGCGUACUGAAACGAAGACAGAAAGUAGUAACACACAGCAAACAACAACGAAACCCAACGAUACCAACGAUGAGGAUGUAUAUGUGAAUAGCUUGGGUGAAUUGUCCUCCGAUCCGGGUGUUAAUUUCGAGCACGACAGCGCACGCAUAAUAGCCGAGUCGCCCAGCCGCACUUACAAUUACGCAAAGAAGAGCAAUUUUGCCGAAAAGGUGAAUUUCGGCUUGAAUAGCCUCGCUGAAACGACUACCCCUGAAGUAUUUGCACCCGAUUAUGUCAAGCACUUGCAGACGGCCGAUGAAGAUGCAGUUUUGGCAGCAAGCAUAAAUAAUUUGCUUGAAGUAGUCUCUGAAGAUUUGGAUACGAGUGUCUCUGGUUAUCAAGUGCCAGCGCCGCAAAAGAAUAAGACAUCGUUCCGGUUCCUAAGUCGUGGCUUCUCAUCGCAAAGUGAUCGUUCCAAGCGCCCACCCUAUGAGUAUGCCAAGCCCAAGCAGACGGCAAGUACGAUACGAUUUUCGCCCAACGAGCUGCCCAUUGACGACACUUACAAAGAUACCAAGGAAUCUAUAAAACAAAACUCAAACACGCACGACGAUAACGGUGCUACUUUGGAUAGCUCCGAGGAAAUCAUGAAAUUUAUCAUCAUGACGACCACGCCCACACCGAUCCAGCCAGCCGAAAUAGUUAAGGACACUGCUGCGGAGGUCGCUGCGAAAGAAGUAACUGAUAGAAUUGAAACUGGCGCGGGAUUCAGAGGCGCGCAAGAGUAUGAGACAACGGAAGGUGCCAUAGCCAUCAGCACGACUGAGGCGUUUACGAAUGUCAAUUCUGACCGCUAUUAUUUGAAUAACGUAGGCACCAUGCCACAUAAUUUGGAUUACAACUUCCUCAGUCCACCGGUGCCAGAGUCCGAAGGUGACACUGAAACGUCAACUGCUGACGAACCGACGCUGUACGAGUUUAACGAUUUCGACGGCGGCAGCAGUCCAGCACAGGAAAUUGCUGAUGUAAAUACAACAGAAGCGCUCAGCGAAGAGACAACUACAGUGAGCUCAACAUCCACGCUGGCGCAAGAUAAUAACAGCUCAGCAGAUGUGUAUGCAAAUAUUGUGGAGAAAUUGCUUUUCCCAGCGCAGGAAGAAGCAACAGUAGCCAGUAGCCCAACAACAACGCCAGCUAAAGCGCAAAUGGAGACCUCAACUUAUGCGCCGAUAGUGGAUGAAGAGCAACUCGAUGCAGAGCAUCAAGCAACCAAACUAUUGCUGGCUGGUGUCAAAUUGACAAAACACAGCAACAACGAACUCGUUGAGAACGCACAGAAAGCAAGCGGCUCAUAUAGCGCUAUCUUGGAUCCAACUUAUGGCGAGGAUGGUGCGCUCUUCAUUCAUGUGGACGACGACGACAUAGUAGCAGACAGCACGACCACAACUACUACAACGACAACAACGACCACUGUGCAACCGGAAACGAGCACAAGCGUAAUAGCAAGUAUGAGCGAAGGUGGUAGCUUCCAGGAGCGCAUACGGAAUUAUCGGCGCCUCACUUCACAGCAACGCGCUAACGGCAAACCAUCAACCAAUGGGAGACGCAAUCAGCUGCCAGUCAACAGCAAGCUAACAACUACAACUACAAAAGCACCCAGCAGCAGUAGCACCACAACAACACGCAGUUAUUUGAAGCGCGUGGCUGCAAGCCGUUUGCGUUUGUCGCGCCUGUCAGCGGCCAAUAAUCGCCUAACCACUGCAACACCAAGCACCACUGCCGAAGCGCCCACUGUUCAAUAUACUAAUACCAACAACGAUAGUGUUGAGUCAUCACAAACGAGCAGGAAAAUCGCUGUACGCAAUAUAGACAAGGAAUUGGGCAGCAUUGGCGGCGGUAAGCGUUAUGACGCGCGCGGAAAUUCCUUUGACAAAGAUAGUGCUAAAAAGCGCGGCACCACCAGCAAUCCAACCGUGGUAGAUGAGAGCAGCACAAGCAGCACAUCGCUAAGCUGGGAGACCGUACGCAAUAAUUUGCGACGCUUUCAAGUGAGCACCAAGCCAGCCACCGUUUCAACCACCGUUUCUCCCACAACUGUUAGUCCGCGCCGCGCGGCACCGAAGGCGACGCGCAACAACGCGGUGCGCCGGCGUAACCGUUUCUCCAAUUUCAAAGCGCAARCUAGCGCUAUGACAACGACGACUGCUGCCACAUCAAUAACAACAACUACGWCCACCACGACUKCCGCACCAAAAACAGCGCAAACAACGCCUAUUGCGCCUACCGCUUACUCACUCAGUCCUACACCCAAUCUCGAUCACAUACUAAAAUCCAUCACAUCUUCUGUUUCCUAUUCAACUUCCACUUCAACUAAAGAUCAUGCACCCUUGCGCUUAGCUGAACCACAACCAAGCACUUUUGGCGUGGCGGCGAAUAUGGAUGCACCGGAAACUUACCAAAUAUAUGACUUGACUUCCCCUUCUGCCUCUACUUUUGCUUCAACACCUCCAUCUGCUUACGAAUUUCCCACCAUUUCAAAUACGCCUUCUUCUCCCAUAUCUAUCGACACACAUGCCGAUGACUCGGCAACAUUUCUCGAUUUCGAUAAGUUAACACGCGCCAUUGUUGAUGAUUCCGUCUUACAGAAUUUCCGCACUCAACAGCAGUCCAGCCGACCGCCCACUGUCUAUCAGACAGCACCAGUCACCGUCGCGCGCUCGCUGUCAACGAACAGUUAUGCUCGUGCUGUGGGCAACUCUGUGCCACAGAGCUAUAAUAAGCUGACGCCGCAAGCUCCUGCUCAGUUAACGCCUCCACAGCGCCCACAACAAUUGCCACAGAUUGCCCAACAGCACACACCCCCUACCUCUCCUGCACCGCGUAUCAUUAUUGCGCGCGCAGAAGGUCAACGCAUAGCACCGAACUCAGUGUCAUCGAUUAUAACGGCGCUGGCGACGCAGCCGCCACCCAAGACCACGCCGCUUGCGCCGUAUGUGCCGCUGGACGACUUCCUUACGAAGAAGUUCGGUCAAACCGCGCCGGGCGACACGAACACUAGUGCUGCCACGAAGCAGGCGAUAAGCUUUAAUAAUCUGCAACAACAACAAUACAAGGCAGCACAAAAUUCGCAACAGAAUUAUUAUCAAAAAGCGUCGGGCACAACAGCAACACAGCAAAUUCAGCCGCUCUACAAUCGCGCUGCCGCGCAGGAUAUACAAAUACAAAAGCUAAAGCAACAAGAAGUGGCGCAGGCCGCACAACAACAACAGCAGCAAUUCAAUCAGCGCUUCCAGCAACAACAACAACAACAAUUAUUACAA